AUGGCGCCGACGUCUGUAGAGCUGGCGUUCGUUCAAUGCGAUCGAACGUUGAUGGGUAUGCCCAACGAGAUCCUCCGGUCUAUCCUAGAGCACGUUGUUGGGGAAGAAGCCUCCAUCACGUACGAGCCAAGCAGUGACGAAGGACCUCUGUCGUGGGACAACCCAUGGGUCCCGGAGCUCAUACUUGUAUCACGAGAUUUCGGUGCCAUGGGCAAGGAGGUCAUCGCAAAAGCCGCAAGCUUGAUGUUCGUGGAAAAGAGCCAGGCCAGACUGUUUGAAGAGGCUUUGAAGGAAGGCACCCACGAAGGCUAG